GGGGCGGCCCGGCGGGGUGGCGCACGGGGCGGGGUCUAGGGGCCCCGCGUCCCUGCGCCCGCUCGGCCCCGCAUACGCCUGGAGGGGGCUCGCCGGGCCUGGAAGACGCGGCGGACGGCGUCGGAGCAGUGCCUGGUUCGAGAUGGGGUCCCAGGUGUCCGUGGACGUGGGAGCUGUGCGCGUGGUGAUCGUGGGUGGGGGCUUUGGUGGCAUAGCUGCUGCCAGCCAGCUGCAGGCUCUGAACAUCCCCUUCAUGCUGGUGGACAUGAAGGACUCCUUUCAUCACAAUGUGGCAGCCCUCCGGGCCUCCGUGGAAAGUGGGUUUGCCAAAAAGACAUUCAUUUCCUACUCCGUGACCUUCAAGGAAAACUUCCGGCAGGGGCUGGUCAUAGAGAUAGACCUGCAGAAUCAGACGGUGCUGCUCGAGGAUGGUGAGGCCCUGCCCUUCUCACCUAUCCUGGCCACUGGCAGCACCGGGCUCUUUCCAGGCAAGUUUAAUCAGGUUUCCAGCCGGGAGGCUGCUAUCCAGGCCUAUGAGGACAUGGUGAAGCAGGUCCAGCGCUCACAGUCGGUGGUGGUGGUAGGAGGCGGCUCUGCCGGAGUGGAGAUGGCAGCGGAGGUUAAAACCGAAUUCCUGAGAAGGAGAGUCACUCUCAUCCACUCCCAAGUGGCCCUUGCCGACAAGGAGCUCCUGCCCUGCGUCCGGCAGGAAGCGAAGGAGAUCCUGCUCCAGAAAGGCGUGCAGCUCCUGCUGAGUGAGCGGGUGAGCAACCUGGAGGAUCUGCCUCUUAACGAGUAUCGAGAGUGCAUCCAGGUGCACACGGACAAAGGCACAGAGGUGGCCACCAACUUGGUGAUCGUCUGCAACGGUAUUAAGAUCAAUAGCUCGGCCUACCACAGUGCAUUCGAUAGUCACCUGGCCAGCAACGGCGCUCUGAGAGUGAACGAGCAUCUCCAGGUGGAGGGCUGCAGCCGCGUCUACGCCAUUGGCGACUGUGCAGAUGUCAAGGAGCCCAAGAUGGCUUAUCACGCUGGCCUCCAUGCCAGCAUUGCCGUGGCCAACAUCGUCAACUCCAUGAAACAGAGGCCCCUCAAGGCCUACAAGCCAGGGGCGCUGACGUUCCUCCUGGCCAUGGGGAGAAACGACGGCGUGGGCCAGAUCAGUGGCUUCUACGUGGGGCGGUUCAUGGUUCGGCUGGCCAAGAGCCGGGACCUGUUCGUCUCCUCAAGCUGGAAGACCAUGCGGCAGUCUCCACCUUGAGCCGGAGCGGGGCGGGAGACAAGGCCUACGUGAGACCUGUGCCACUCUGCCGUAGGAUGGCUGCCCCACCGGAGGCUUCACCCAGGACUCCCUUCCUGUGGACCAAGGCCAACCAGGCUCCCCUUCUGGAAGCAGGACCUGCUGCCUGAGCAGCACAGACCAUUCCAUGCUGUCUGACCUGGGGCCUAGCAGGGUGGGCGUCUCAGCCCAUGCGUGACAGGCCUUGUUCUGUUUAUAACAUUUUACAAGCGUCCACUCGUGGGGACACAGUUUUCUAAACUGAGGAAAAUGUUGCAAUAAAAGACUAUGGUGUUGUAAGAAAA